AUGGCACCAUACCCGAAUGAAAACUCGAAAUUAAAAUACAAGGCACCUCUUUUGUCAUAUCUCAUUUUUCGAUUUAAUACCGAUCGGGUAAGACGUGUCUCUCUUGUGCGGGAUAUUGAGACCAGAAUGGAAACUAAUAAUGGAAUCUCUGGAAUUGGCGAUAAUGGAACAGAAAUUCGUAGAGAACCGGUUUAUGGAAACACGGAUUUCGUGGACUCAUGGUUUCUAAUGGGCUCACCAAUCCCAGUGGCGAUAAUCCUGGCUUCGUAUUUGAUGUUUGUGUUGAAGAUAGGACCAGCUUUCAUGAUGAAACGAGCGCCCUAUCAACUGUCUAACGUGCUUCUCCUAUAUAACGCACUUCAAGUGGCUGUAUCCUGUUUCUUAUUUCAAAAGUGUUUCAGCAUGCUUGUCGAAAAUGGGGUGGUGCCAAAGACCUGCCUCAUGGAAACAGAUUACAGUAGACGAAGUAUAACAACAGCAAUGUACUGCUACCUGCUAGCCAAGGUAUCAGAACUGCUGGACACCAUUUUCUUCAUACUUCGCAAGAAGGACAACCAAGUGACCUUCCUCCAUGUUUACCACCAUGCUGUUAUGGUGUUUGUGACCUGGACAGCACUGAAGUAUGAGCCGACCUUCGCUCUCGUCUUCAUGGGAAUGUUGAAUUCCUUCAUUCAUAUUAUCAUGUACACUUAUUACGGAUUGUCAGCCUACCCAAAUCUGGUGAAAUAUUUGUGGUGGAAGAAAUAUAUUACUAGAUUGCAGUUGUUGCAGUUCGUCCUGGUGUUACUUCAGUUUGGGACAUCCUUUGCAACAUCAAGCUGUCCUCCAUCGAAAAUCAUGUUUGCAUCAAUGACAUUCAAUGUUUUUCUCUUCAUUUAUCUUUUUGGAAGCUUCUACAUAAAUACUUAUAACAGACGGAAUAAGAAAAUUGAAAUUGCCAAAGAAAGUACUGGAAGUAAUGGAAUUAAGGUCAAUGAACUACAGAAAGAAGAUGGCGAAAAAGGAAUGAGAGUUUGCAAAGAUGACAAGGAUUAUAAUAGACAUCUGGAUAAUUACACAAGCACUGCAAUCAAACUGAACGAUAAAUAUUGCUUUACUUUUAAUUUGCGAACUAAGAAAUUGCUGUAGAUUAAGUCAUAAAAAUAUGGUGUAAGUAAUUAUUAUUAGUAUUAG